AUGGCUCCCAAGAAGAUUCGCUGCAAUGCCAAGGACUGCAAGGAGGCCGCCCAGCGCAUCAUCGGCGACUGCGGCUUCUGCAAGGGCCACUACUGCGGCAACCACCGCUUGUUAGAGGACCACAAGUGCAGCGGCCUCGAGGACUGCAAGAAACAAUCCCACGAGCGCAACGCAGCGCAGCUCGAGUCCGAACGGACCCAGGUCAUGCGCGUCUAA